GUGUUUCGCCUAUUGUCUCACAGCGGAAGAGUCGUUUGGAAGUUCUUGCUUCAACAGUGAUUGAACGGAACUUCUUUCGUCCCUUUUUUUUUGCCUUGGCGCCAACUCUCUUUCACUUAAACAGCAGCGUACCUCCACGCAUAGCUCUAUUUUUGUACUUUCUUUUGGUUUUUGUAAGAAAAGACAAAACACGCCAGCUAAGAUGGAGUCUCAAGUGCGUCAGAACUACCACCGCGAUUGCGAGGCCGCCAUUAACCGAAUGGUCAACAUGGAGCUUUUCGCUUCCUACACCUACACUUCAAUGGCCUUUUACUUCUCCCGAGAUGACAUUGCCCUCCCAGGCUUUGCCCAUUUCUUCAAGGAGAACAGUGAGGAGGAGAGGGAACACGCUGACAAGUUGCUGGCCUUCCAGAACAAUAGAGGUGGACGCAUCUUCCUCCAGGAUAUCAAGAAACCAGAGCGUGAUGAGUGGGGAAGUGGACUCGAGGCGAUGCAGUCUGCCCUACAGCUGGAGAAAAAUGUUAACCAGGCUCUCCUCGACCUGCACAAAUUGGCCUCUGAGCAUGUGGAUCCCCAUCUGUGCGACUUCUUGGAAAGCCACUUCCUGAACGAGCAGGUGGAGGCUAUCAAGAAGUUGGGAGACUACGUCACCAACUUGAGCCGCAUGGAUGCCCAAAACAACAAGUUGGCAGAGUACCUGUUUGACAAGCACUCUCUGGGGGGCAAGAGCUAAAGUUUUGAAAGCCUGCUGUCAAAAUGGGCCACAACGUUCGCAUUCUCUACUAAGCAACCCGUUUAAUUUUGGUUAACAUAGAGCACAUAUUGUGGGGUUUGCGUGGGAUAAUGGUGAUGCUGU